CCUUGUGCAACGACAAAAGCAUUCCGGGACCCGCAGUAUUAAACCUCCCGAGGCCUGACCCAUCUCUUUUAUUCUUCUGAAAGUAUUUCGCCCAUUCUUGCAAGAAGGAAAGGAGAAAUUAGAACAUCCAGUUUUAUAUUGAAAUAUAAGAGAAAAUGAGUACAAAGGGAAGAACAGCCAUAGAGGUUGGAGCUGAUGGAGUGGCAGUCAUCACCAUUAUCAACCCUCCUGUCAAUUCACUCUCCAUUGAUGUACUUCAUAGCUUGAAGGAGAGUUAUGAACAAGCGUUAAGAAGGGAUGAUGUGAAGGCAGUUGUUGUGACAGGUGCAAAUGGAAAGUUUUCUGGUGGUUUUGAUAUCACUGCCUUUAGUGGAUUACAAGGAGGAAAGGUUGAACCACCAAAACCUGGUUUCGUGUCAGUUGAGAUUCUCACUGACAUAGUAGAAGCUUCCAGAAAACCAUCAGUAGCAGCCAUUGAUGGUCUUGCUUUAGGUGGAGGACUCGAAGUUGCAAUGGGUUGCCAUGCACGUAUUUCUACUCCAAAUGCACAGUUAGGCUUACCGGAACUUCAGCUUGGUAUAAUCCCUGGGUUUGGAGGGACACAGCGGCUUCCGCGCCUUGUGGGUCUUGCUAAGGGCCUAGAGAUGAUGCUUACAUCAAAGCCCGUUAAGGGACAGGAAGCCCUGAAUUUGGGUCUUGUGGAUGCCAUUGUUUCCCCAAAUGAAUUACUGGAAACUGCACGUCGAUGGGCCCUUGAUAUCUUGGAGCGGCGCAGACCUUGGGUUUCUAGUCUCUAUAGGACAGACAAAAUUGAACCACUUGGUGAUGCCAAAGAAAUACUAAAGUUUGCUCGAGCUCAGACCCGUAAGCAAGCUCCAAACCUUAACCAUCCAUUAGUCUGCAUCGAUGUUGUUGAAGAAGGUAUAGUUCGUGGUCCGCGUGCUGGCCUUUGGAAGGAAGCAGAAGCAUUUCAAGACCUUCUAUAUUCUGACACGUGCAAGGCCUUGGUACACAUUUUCUUUGCCCUCCGCGGAACCACAAAGGUUCCAGGUUUAACUGAUCUAGGAUUGGCACCAAGAAGAAUUAAGAAGGUUGGAAUUCUGGGAGGGGGUUUAAUGGGCUCUGGAAUUGCAACUGCUUUUAUACUCUCCAAUUAUCCAGUUGUUCUUAAGGAAGUUAAUGAGAAAUUUCUACAAGCUGGAAUUGGUAGAGUAAAAGCUAAUCUUCAAAGUCGAGUGAAGAAGGGGAAAAUGAGUCAAGAGAAGUUUGAAAAAACACUCUCCUUACUGAAAGGCGUUCUUGACUAUGAAAGCUUUAGAGAUGUGGACAUGGUCAUUGAGGCUGUUAUUGAGGACAUACAUUUGAAGCAGAAUAUAUUUGCUGAUCUUGAAAAGUAUUGUCCUCCACAUUGCAUACUAGCGAGUAACACAUCCACCAUUGACUUGAACUUAAUUGGAGAGAAAACUAAAUCACACAAUCGUAUCAUUGGUGCCCACUUUUUCAGUCCGGCCCAUGUAAUGCCACUUCUGGAAAUUGUUCGCACUCAAAAUACAUCUCCUCAAGCUAUUGUUGACUUGCUAGAUGUUGGGAAAAAGAUAAAGAAAACCCCCGUGGUUGUGGGUAAUUGCACUGGGUUUGCUGUCAACAGAAUGUUCUUUCCUUACACUCAAGCUGCUCUCUUGCUCGCUGAGCGGGGUACAGAUGUCUACAAAAUAGACAAAGCAAUUACAAAAUUUGGAAUGCCCAUGGGCCCUUUUAGAUUGUGCGACCUCGUUGGUUUUGGCGUUGCAGUUGCAACUGGAGGUCAAUAUGUGAUGAAUUUUCCGGAAAGGACAUAUAAAUCGAUGUUGAUACCACUCAUGCAAGAAGACAAAAGGGGAGGUGAAGCCACUCGUAGAGGAUUUUAUGUUUAUGAUGAAAGGCGCAAAGCCAACCCAGAUCCUGAAAUAAAGAAAUAUAUUGAGAAGGCAAGAGAGAUGUCUGGUGUUACCAUUGACCCAAAGUUGAUAAAACUUUCGGAUAAGGAUAUAGUGGAGAUGACAUUUUUGCCUGUGGUGAACGAAGCCUGUAGAGUACUUUCUGAAGGCAUUGCGACCAAAGCUGCUGAUUUGGACAUUGCUGCCGUCAUGGGCAUGGGUUUCCCACCUUAUAGGGGAGGGAUCUUGUUUUGGGCGGACACUCUCGGGUCCAAGUACAUUUACUCUAAGUUGAAUGAGUGGUCAAAGAUAUAUGGAGGUUUCUUUGAACCAUGCUCUUACCUAGCUGAACGAGCCGUUGUGGAUGCUCCUCUGAGUUUGAAAAAGGACAUGGCAAAGUCUCGCCUCUAAGAUCAGCCGUCGUUGGAGAUUGGGCCUCAUUCCAUCUUUGUGUGGGUUGAUGUGCUUUAUCUUUAAGUGAGCAAAUGUGGAAAUUAUAUAUGUGAACUUUAAAGAGGAAAAAUAAUACUCCGUCCUACACGCUGGAGAAAGAGGAACUAUAUUGUAAUGUUAGGUUCAGUAGCUGGUAAUAAUAAAUAUGAAAUGCUCGAAUAAUCCGAACUUGCCUGGAUGGGUUAACCCGCAAACUGGCACGCCGUUAAUGACUCCAGGCUAGAUUUGUGCUGGUCUGUUUAGUAAAACCCAUGAAAAAUUUUGACCAGUGCUGGACUGGGAUGGACAAACCUGGGUUUAGGUGGAGCUGCUGCUUGCACGAAGUCUGCUAGAUGAGACUUCUUUUAUACACAAAUGAGGAAAUCCUCGCUUUUUGGAGUGAAAACUAAAGUAACAACCAUGAAUUAAGGGGGUGUUUGGAUCUGAUUCUUAAAACUGCUUCUGCUCCUUCAUGAAGCAGAAUUAGAAUUUGGAGUGCUCUAGUUUGGGUGAAAGUGCAGAAUUACUUAUAGUGCUCUAAUUUACUCCUAGAAGCCGUUUUUAGAAGUUGGGGGAGACCAGUUUCUGAAAACUGAUUCUGAUUCUGCUUCUGUUUUAAAAGAGAAGCAGAGCCAUGAUGAAUUAUAUUCCAACACGGCUUUAUAGAUACCUUCCAUGAAUUUAUUCACCGUCCAUUUAUGCACUGUCCAUGAAUUUUCAUAAUUGCUUUACUCUAUAACAUACUUUGUAAAUAGUUGGUGAUAAUAAAUAUGAAAUGCUCCGAAUGAAUAGGGUCUA